AUGAUGGACAUUGCGAAGCUCCUCAAUGGCGUGAGCGAGGCGAUCCUGAAGGAGAGGCACGCCCGCGAGGAGGCCGCUGCGCUGGCGAGGGAACUGCAGCGCUCGCGGACUCAGCUGCAGGAGGCCGAGAAGUGCAUCGCUGUCUACAACAAGAAGCUGCAGGACCUCGUGCACAACUACGCUGCUCUGGCGCCGGUCAUUGGAAAGAAGAAUCAAUUGGCAAAGGAAGUGACUAGUCUGCACGAGAAGCUCCAGCAAAUAGAAAAGGAGCACACCGAGGAGGUCGAGAAACUGAAGAGCCAGACGGAGGAGGCGGCGAAGGAGGGGCAGGAGGUGGCGAAGGCCUUGCGCGUCGAGGCAGCCGAGAAAGCCAGGGAAGUGGCAGAGAAACACCAGGCCGCCCUCAAGGAGUUGGAGGACCUCCUGCAGAAGGAGAAACUGGACAAGAAGACAGAGGCUGAGCAGCACUCGACAGCCUUUGAGGAAAUGAGGCGCAAGCACCACCAAGAAAUGGAGAGCCUGAGAGGCCGUCUGCAGCUCCUACAACAGAACAUGUCAUCCCGAGCCACCAGCAACAUGGACCUCUUUGCUAACAAGCUACAGGCCACCAGAGCGGAAUUCGAGGACCAACUUUCGGAACGCGACUCUCGAAUCGCCAAGUUGGAGGAGGAGCUCGCCUGCGCCAGAGAGUCCCUUCGCCACCAGCAGCUCCUAACUGUGAUGAGGGGCGUGGUCACUACCUCAGCUGCCACGCCCACUUCCUCGCCGAGACGCCGGCCGGAGUCCCGACAAGCACAGCCUGGUUCCCCGAAGGAAAACGCCGGAGACUUCAACGCCGACGGUGAAAAUGAUCCUGGAACCUCGUCCUCCUCCAGCUCAGUCCCUUUGGUGCAGGAGGGAGACGAUCCCCCCCGAGGACCUGCUUCCGUGGCGCAGGGUUCGAGGCAGGACAAGAAGAGGAAACUUUAUUCAGGGGAGUCUCUGCUGCAGGAGCCGAGUAUGUGAAGAUCCGGAUAAGAAUUGAGUUUAGUUUGCUGUAUUUUUUUUUCUUUUUUUUUUUUUUUACUGCGUUGUUUUGUGGUGAUUAUUUUACGUAAAGUUAAAAGAUGUACGUUGUUGAUUUUUUUUGUGUGUGUAUAGAGAGUUCGAGGUUUAUGUUAAAGGAUUUGAUUAUUGAUGUAUUGAUAUUUCGGAUUUUGAAUCAGUGUAAACGAGAAAAAACUUUAUUAUUUAUUAUUUACCAUUAUUUUAAGACGAUAAUCCUUCAAUUCAUUAAUAACCGUUCUCAAACCAUUUACAUAAUAGGUUUUUUUUUAUUAUUAAAACAAGUAUAGGUUUCCCGGAACAAUAAGUUGGUUUUCUGUUUUAUCGAUGUUUGGGUGAGAAGUCUUCACAGAAAACGGGAUCAACAAAGGUAAUGGUUGACUAAAAUAAACUGAAGAAAGUGGAAGUCACGGAUUAUUUACACUUAGAAGAGUCAGCUGUUAAAUUUUCACGUGUGCUAAUAAAGGAAAGUUUAUUUUUAUUGAAAAGAUCAGUUUUGUUUUUUUUAAAUAUAUUAACCAAGAAAUGAAAUGGUUAUAGAAUGCAAUAUAUAUUUUACAAUUUAUAUUAUGCCAGUUUGUAAAACGAAUUAGUUAAUAAAAAUCAUUAUCA